AUGGUCUUCACCAUAACCUCGAAGACUUCUCAUCAGCUUCCUAUUUAUAUACCCAUAACCACCACUCAUUUUGGCUAUCUUCAGACGUAGCUCUCUCUCUCUCUCUCUCUCUGGUCUACAUUUAUGCCAAACAUGAUGAUGACUGGUUUGAGCUUCAGAAGCCUCGCAUUAGUGCUUCUCAUUGCUUUCAUACUUUGGUCAUCAAACUUUGAGACAUGCAAUGCAAGAAGAGGCAAGCAUUGGAGGCACAGCAGAACUAGCGCUGCCUCUCUGUCUAAGAAGAAAGGAAAGAAUUAUCACAGCAAUGGAAACCACCACUAUAGUACUGGAGGAUCCUCAAAGCCUAAACCUCCAUCUCAAAAAGCGCCCAGCUCACGGCCUCCACCUCCCAUACCGGAAGAACCCAUCCCAUCAAGCCCCCCGCCGCCGCAGAAAGUUUACAAUGGUGGCGGCGGCCAUACUGCGGCCACCUUCUUUAACGUGCUUGAUUUUGGUGCCAAGGGUGAUGGAAGCACCGAUGACACACAGGCAUUCCAAGCUGCAUGGGCAGCUGCCUGUAAAGUCGAGGCAUCAAUGAUUAUGGUUCCAUCAGAAUACGUAUUCCUUGUAGGACCCAUUUCCUUCUCUGGUCCUUACUGUCAAGCAAACAUUGUAUUUCAGCUGGAUGGUACGAUCAUUGCUCCCACAAACUCUAAAGCUUGGGGCAGAGGUCUGCUACAAUGGCUCGAGUUCACAAAGCUAAGAGGAAUUACCAUCCAGGGAAAGGGCAUCAUUGAUGGAAGAGGCUCAGUCUGGUGGCAAGACAGCCAAUUUGAUGAUGACCCAGUUGACGAUGAACUAAAACUCAUUAUCCCAUUAAAUAGCACUGUUGAAAAGAAUCCGCCAAUGCCGAUAAGAAGCGAGCUUGGGAGGAUAAUGCCUAGCAUCAAGCCAACUGCACUGAGGUUUUAUGGGAGUUUUAAUGUAACCGUCACAAGCAUAACAAUUCAAAGUAGUCCCCAAUGCCACCUCAAGUUUGACAACUGCAUGGGAGUGUUGGUCCAUGAUAUUAGUGUAUCAUCUCCUGGUGACAGUCCCAACACAGAUGGAAUCCAUCUGCAGAACUCAAAAGAUGUUCUAAUUCAUAGUACCAACGUUGCUUGCGGGGAUGACUGUAUUUCUAUACAAACUGGAUGUUCAAAUGUAUAUAUACACAAUGUGAACUGUGGACCAGGACAUGGAAUCAGCAUUGGGAGUCUAGGAAAGGAUAGCAGCAAAGCCUGUGUCUCUAACAUCACCGUUCGAGAUGUGAUUAUGCACAACACAAUGAAUGGUGUCAGAAUCAAGACAUGGCAGGGAGGAUCAGGCUCUGUCCAGGGGGUACUCUUCUCAAACAUUCAAGUUUCAGAAGUUCAACUCCCAAUUGUGAUUGACCAGUACUAUUGUGACAAAAGCACAUGCAAAAACCAAACAUCAUCUGUCGCUUUAUCAGGAAUCAACUAUGAGAGGAUAAGAGGGACGUACACAGUCAAGCCUGUACACUUUGCCUGUAGUGACAGUCUACCAUGUACAGAUGUAACACUGACUGCCAUACAGCUAAAACCGUUGCAAGAGGGCUACCACAUGUAUGAUCCCUUCUGUUGGCAGACUUUUGGAGAGUUGAUGACUCCUACCAUGCCUCCAAUAGAUUGUUUACAGAUUGGUAAGCCAUCCAGCAACCGGGUUCAAUCCGAUCACGAUUCUUGCUGAACUCAACAUUGUGAUUUAAUGGUACAGACAGUUGUGCGGUCGGCAUGACUGCCAGACCCCUUUCGUACCAUUAGUUAGUUAGGUACAGCGUCUAUAUUAUGCCAGUCCUAGUUUAUAGAAAUUCUUCUCCAGCAGCUUUAUAUCAAUUAUAAUUGUGAGAGUAUACAGGCA